UCAUUUCCCACAAUGCUUAUCCCCACACACUCUGGUCGAAGUUGACAGUUCAGUCUUGGAAGGAUUGUAAGGAAAACAGCGAACCUAUACCGAGGAGCAUAAGUGGCCUGAUGAACAUUGAGGAAAGCGAGCGGGGACAUCCUGCCGACGGCGAAUAAACAUGAGAGAGUGACCAGCGAGGCCAGGCGUGGACAGUGCAGAAGGCAGGCGGGCGGCAGUUCUACCAAGCUGCUGGAUCGGGGGACACGAUGUUCGUACAGGAGGAGAAGAUCUUCUCAGGGAAGACACUUAAAGUCCACAUCUGUACCAUGGAGGGAUGCGAGUGGCUGGAGGAGGUUGCGGACGACACUACAGUGGAAAAACUCAAAGAAAAGUGCUUGAAGCACUGUGCACACGGAAGUCUUGAAGACCCAAAGACUGUGACCCAUCACAAACUAAUCCAUGCUGCUUCUGAAAGAGUGCUAAUGGACACUAAAACUGUAGCCGAAGAAAAUAUUCGAGACAAAGAUGUGCUGCUUUUAAUAAAAAAACGAGCUCCACCUCCUCCUCCCAAAAUGGUUGAUGUGUCUGUUGAUGAAAAGAAAAAGCAAGAGCAGAAAGCUCCUGAUAAGGAUGCAAUCUUAAAGGCAACAUCUGCACUACCUAUACAGCAUUCUGAUCGGACUGUCACACAACACAGCAUGCGAGAUUUUCAGACAGAACUCAGGAAAAUCCUGGUGUCUCUUAUUGAAGUGGCACAGAAGCUCCUGGCACUGAAUCCAGAUGCUGUUGAAUUGUUUAAAAAAGCCAAUGCAAUGCUAGAUGACGAUGAUGAGGACAGAGUGGAUGAUGUGGCCUUACAUCAGUUAACAGAGAUGGGCUUCCCUGAAAGCAGAGCAGUAAAAGCUCUUCGCUUAAAUAGAAUGUCAGUAACACAGGCUAUGGAGUGGCUUAUAGAACAUGCUGAGGAUCCAACAGCAGAUACACCUCUUCCAGGUCAGGGUGCAGCUGGAGGAACAGCAGCUGCAGCACCAUCAUCUUCAACAGUAUCCUCCUCAAGGGCAAAUGCUGACACUAAUGCAGAAGACUCCAAGCAAGAUGAGCUCACAGAUAUCUUCAAAAGGAUACGGAGGAAACGUGAAUUCAGGCCUGAUUCCAGAGCAGUGAUUGCACUCAUGGAGAUGGGGUUUGAUGAAAAAGAAGUGAUUGAUGCCUUACGUGUUAAUAACAAUCAGCAGGACGCAGCAUGCGAUUGGUUACUUGGAGACAGGAAACCCUCUCCUGAAGAUUUGGAUACUGGAAUUGAUCCCAACAGUCCCCUCUUUCAGGCCAUUUUAGAAAAUCCAGUUGUACAGCUAGGCCUUACUAAUCCUAAAAUACUUUUAGCAUUUGAAGACAUGCUGGAGAAUCCAUUAAACAGCACGCAGUGGAUGAAUGAUCCUGAGACGGGGCCUGUAAUGUUGCAGAUAUCUAGGAUCUUCCAGACUCUUAAUCGCACAUAGUCUACCCCCAGAUUGUCCAUAUAUUUAAUGCUUUAUCUCGUCAGAUUAUUCCUAAAGUAAAUAGGCUCAGUCAAGCAGGAGGUCUCUGUUUAGCUCAAUCUGAGCUGCAGAUUUCCACUCAAAGGGAAGUUUAAUGUGACUUGAGCCUAUUUCUGCCUUCCGGAUGUAGCGCUAAUGGAGGCGUGGAAAUUAAGUGUUGGUUAAAUAUAACAGAAAAUUUUUGGUUGUGCAAAUGCUGCAGAAGAUAUAUUUAUUUAUAAUACAGAAGAACACUUGUAUAAAACAUGAAAACAUGUUUUGUUACAUUUUUAAAAGGUAAUGUUCAUUUAAAUCUUUUUAAUUUAAAAUCUGUUUAAUUCAAUAAAUCAUUAUGCGUUUACACUUCA